AUGGUCAACGAUAAGAAGAUCGGUGCCUACUAUGCACCCACCGGUGGAUUGCCACCGCAGACUCAGAUUCUCACCGAUCGCGCCAUGUUCACCGAAGCCUACGCCGUCAUCCCCAAGGGCACCUUCAGCGACAUCGUGACCAGUUUCCUUCCCUUCUGGGACCAGACCCGGUUAUGGGUGAUCGCUCGCCCACUCUCCGGCUUCGCCGAGACCUUUUCGCAAUACAUUAUGGAAGUGCAGCCCGGUGGUGGAAGUGACCGGGCCGAGCUAGACGACGGCGCCCAAGGAGUCCUGUUCGUAGUUGAGGGCGAAGUCACCGUGACUCUGGCCGGGGAAGCCCACACCCUCACCGAAGGCGGUUACGCUUAUCUCCCUCCGAAAAGCGGCUGGACCCUCCGCAACACGGGUUCCGCUACCGCCCGAUUCCACUGGAUCCGAAAGACCUAUGAAGCCGUGGAGGGACUUGACUUCCCCGACCCGCUUUUCCUGAACGAAAAGGAAAUCGCCCCCACAGUGAUGCCGGAUACCGAUGGUUCAUGGGCCACUACUCGCUUUGUGAACCCGACGGAUCUUCGUCACGAUAUGCAUGUGACUAUCGUGACUUUCCAGCCGGGUGGUGUCAUUCCUUUCGCCGAGACUCAUGUUAUGGAGCACGGAUUGUAUGUUUUGGAAGGAAAGGCUGUGUACCGACUCAACCAGGACUGGGUCGAGGUUGAGGCGGGUGACUUUAUGUGGUUGCGCGCUUUCUGCCCGCAGGCUUGUUACGCUGGUGGCCCUGGCCCUUUCCGCUACCUGCUGUACAAGGAUGUGAACCGCCACAUGAAGUUGUCGCGUUAA